AUGUAAUUUUAAUUGGUUUCAAAGUAUAUAGAGAAAGUUAAAGCACUAAGAAUAUUUCAAUCAGGAAUACCUUAGAAAUUAAUUUGGCUAUAUGGAACUUACAGGUUUGCUUAGACAAUAUUACCAAUGGUCCAAUCCAUAGCUGUUCAUUUAUUAUGGAAGUCAAAUUUACAAAGAUAAUAUGGAAAUGGAUGGGCAAUAGUGACAGGAGGAGGUGAUGGUCUUGGAAAAGCAUAUGCUAUAGAGUUAGCAAAAAUGGGAUACAAUAUAAUAAUUGUAGGUAGAACCCAAGAUAAAUUGGACUAAACUAAAUAGCAGAUCCAAUAAGAAUAUAAUGUGUAGAUGGAAACAAUUUAAUUUGAUUUUGAUACCACUAGUGAAUCUUCAUACAAAGAAUUGCAUCAAAAGUUAAUCAGAAUAGGAGAAAUUGCAAUUUUGAUAAACAAUGUUGGAACUUUUGAAAUGCACCCAUUUGAACAUGAAUAAAAAACUAGUACCUUGAUAAAUGUUAAUGUUAAUGCUUGCACCUAUUUAAGUCAAAUGUUAGUUCCACAUAUGAAAUAGAGAAGCAAAAAAUCCUUAAUUGUAUUUGUUGGGUCAGAAACUGGAGAAAGGCCACAUAGUGGUUGUGCCAUCUAAUCUUCCACAAAGGCUUACAUUGGAAAUUUAGCUAGAUCUUUAGCAAUUGAACUAUCACCAAAAAUUGAUGUUAGACUGGUCACUCCAGGCCUUAUAGCUACGAAUCUUUUAGACUAGAACAAGGAUUUUGUUAAUUUCAAAACCAGAUUAUUUGUUUGCACUCCAACAGAAGUUGCUCAACAAUCAUUACGCAAAGUAACGAUACAAACUCAUAUCAUUGGUACAUGGAAACACGGAUUGUUGUAAUAUUUAUAAAAUAAAUAAAAAAAUUGA